CUUUUCGCCUAUAUGGACUGCACGCCACUGCAAUACACAUGCUUUGGCAACAGCUACAGUUUUAGACCAAAUGGGUCGAGUUUCUUGCCUAUUUUAUUUUAGGACGUUAUUAGGGAGUUGUGAAACCAUGUGCGUGCGUGUUCGUUUCGCACGCAUGAUGAUCUAGUUUUAUCCACAUUUAGUGUUCCACUUCGCCUGAUACGAAACAGAUACAUUCCUUGUACAUUUCCGAUUUUGAAAUAAUACAAAUGCAUUCAGGCUGCGGUGAAUGGAAACUUGAAUAAAUUGUCGUUUGAUCAAUACAAAAGAGACGUUAUUAUUAAAUAUUAACUGUUAUUUAAACAAUUGACAAUUAUGGUAUAAGUAUACACACCAUUUUUAAGAAUAAUUUAUGAAGACAUUAAAAUUUUGCAUAACACAUGUGAUUUAUGAAUAUCAUUAUUCCGUCAAUGGUAACAUAGCUUCAGCUUCCCUCACGUGGGUGGAUUUUCUGAAGAAUGACAUCACACGAUUACUUAAAUGGAUGUUCAUUGUUGUACUCAAUGAGUGUUGCGAAACUUGCAUUAUCUUGUCUUUCUUCAGUACAAAAAUAUUUUUAAACCAUUUACGAGUCACCAGGUUUAUUAUUUAUCAAACCAGCGCCUAAACUGACAUUGUUUUGUCUAUUACCGAUAGGGAAAAUUAUCUAAUCUAAUCUAAUUCUCAAUUGACAACUAAUCUAACUAGAAAGUACAAAUGGUGCACCGUGGAUCAGUUUUUUUUAUCUUAAUAGCCGUAGAUUGUGUAUGGAAGGGAAAAAACUUUAAUAUUCUGCAUGUCCUUUGUGAUAAUAUAAAAUACAAUACUGAUUGUUGGUCCAGAUCCAGACUAUACUUGGACAUAUCCGCAGGUAGAUGUAGACCUAUCCACGUAUACAUAUUAUAGCAGUCGAGUGCAAUUGUGUUUAUUUUUAAAGUCGUCCAGUGUAAUAGGAAUCUUGAUAUGCUAUCGGUCUAAGCUGUAAGACUAGCAGGGUGGCUCAUAUUAAACUGGCGGGGAUUCCUAGCCAUCUUCCAUUUAUUAUUCAUUUGGACCGUCCACGCUUGCAUUGCUCGCUUCCGUUGUGCUGUCGUUGUAGCCUGAAUGCUCUCAUAUUACAUUAUGACUGCUAUAUCAUGAUACUAGUUCCUCGCGCAUUGACUGAAAUUAAUACCUCUAAUACUAUCAGUGCCUACUUUCAGUAAGCACUAACUCGUUAAAAUUUCACGCACUCUUGCACAUAACUGGUUAGUGAGCAAGUAGUAUACUGUACGAUCUAAAAUUCAACAAUGUUUGAACGGCUAAAUGGCGAACUGCAGACAAGUGAAGCAUUUUUAUUCAGUUAUUAAUUUGUUGCAUGAUGGUCGUUCGUAUUUGUUUAACAUUUUACUACUGGCCGUGGCACAUCUAAACCUUGCAAAUCGCCCACACGCUUUGUAAGUUUUGUACCGUUUACCAAUUACAAUGAGAUAGGCACCUAUCAUAAUUACAAUCAGUUGAACUAAACAAUUCAGUUACUUAAAAGUAUUUGUUCAGUUAGGUGUUUUGAACGCAGCCAUACUUAUAAAAAGUAAGAAACCUUUUUUCUACUCGAAGGUCGUGCUUGUAUACCUUUUUGGUGACUAUAACUUUCAAUCUAAACACCAGUAUACACGGCCUUACUGUGCACUGAGCACGUUGGUAUUGAUUUACAAGGUAGCUAACAACUCGCCAAUCACGCAGAGACAGAUCUUUAUUCAAUCAGUCUCUGCUCUGCGAUUCAUCUAGAGCGUGGUCUUUAAUAUUAAUGUGUAGUGCACUCGGACAGACACACAUAACAUGUAACAAAAGAUAAACACUAAACAGUGAAUGGAUAAAUAUGUGUUGCUAGAAAACAAAUGACGUGGAUACCGUAUCCAUGGCGGUGGGUCGCGCGACCGGUAACCGUGACGACAGUUCUCGCCUGCCGCCACUGAGCCUCGGACUGUCCAGCGUCCGAUUCAUUGUCAACAAACUCGAAGCGGAAUACGCACGUGUUACAGCGGCCGACACUUUCGAAUCCUGCCAAGAACUUGUCAAAUACGACCCGAACAUCGACGAGGGCUACGACGAUUACGAUGACUCUCUUCUCGGUCAACCGAGAGGACAAGUCUGGAAUCGCUUCGUAACGAACCUAGGAUUGGCUCUGAGCAAAUGCAUUCCUAGUGUCUCGUUUGGGAACUUUGGCCUAUUCGCUAUAACGACAGGAUUCUUCGCACCGAAAAUGAUCACUUAUCUAGUGGUGUAUCCGUUUUGCAGAUUGGUUUUCGGGACCCUCUACCCGGCUUAUGCAUCAUAUAAAGCUGUCCGGACGAAGAACUUAAAGGAAUACGUAAAAUGGAUGAUGUAUUGGAUAGUGUUCGCUUUAUUCACUUGCACGGAGACGUUCACGGACGUGUUCCUGUCAUGGUUCCCCUUCUAUUACGAAGUGAAGAUAGUCCUGGUAUUGUGGCUGUUGUCUCCAGCCACCAAGGGUUCCUCCAUACUGUACAGGAAGUUCGUGCACCCGGCACUCUGCAGGCGGGAACAAGAAAUAGAUGAGUACAUAGCGAAGGCCAAAGAUCAGGGUUACCACACAGUGCUCAAUUUGGGCACUAAAGGUGUCAACUAUGCGACCACAGUUAUUAUGCAGACCGCCAUAAAAGGUGGAGGCGGGCUAGUACAGCAAAUACGCAAGAGCUACAGCCUGUCGGACCUGACGGAGUGCGAGCCGCGUGAGGAGAGAGGAAGCGAUGAAGCCGAUGAUGUGCUCGCCGAGCCCAGACUGUUACGACGAGGUGGUAAAAGUGGUUUCUCCACCCGUCGCAGCGCUUCGGAGUCGAACAGUCGUUCUCCUAUGUAUUUCCCCGAGGUCGAAGUUGACGUGAGACCUCGACCUAGAGCUGACGAACCAGAUUUCAGUCACAUAAAGUCAACAGAGGACAUAAGCUCGGGCUACUCAAGUGCGGACAAUAGUGCAUCACUGACUCGUACGGCGUCGCUCGGCGCCGGCGCACGCGCACGCGGCCGUACUACACGUACUACCGUCACUACUAUCAAACGACCACAAGCUGCCGAGGAAAAUGAAGUAAUCAUCGAGGAGCUACACGACGACGAUAGUUUUGAAUAUUCGAAUAUGCCCGCUCUUAUUAAUCUCCCGUCUCCUCUCUAUUUGUCCCACACGCAACCCCCCUUCAUAUACCAAUAUGUUGGCGACCAAGUAAAGAUCCUCCAAGUACUAGGUAAUUACCCUUUCGCUGCAAAUGUUAAUAAUCAAACUAAUAACAAUACAGAUCACUGGGACCAAAAAGAAGUAAUUUCCGAAGAAGCUUCAGUAAUUAGUUCAGUAGAUAGAGAUAAUGCUAAUAAUAAAAGUUCUAAAGAAGUUAUUAAAAGUAAAGAAAGCGAUGUUGUUUCCGACAUUCCUGUUGCAAGUCAACCAAAAGACAAUAAUGAUGACCAAUCUAGUUCAAAUAAUGAAGAUGCAGUGUUUGAGACUGCGCUGGAUAAUAACGAUAAAGAAUCCGUAGAUAGAGAAAUGAAAGGCGCAAUAACUACAAUUUUAGAUGAACACACCGAUGCUACUAGCCUUGAUACCUAUAUAAACGACAAUGACUCUGCCGAAAGUGACGACGAAGCGUCUUUUGGGACACCCGAAGAUUCUCCUAAGAGCAAAAGAAAAAUUCCGAAAGGAAAAUAUGGCAAAAGCAAGGCGCCACCACCACCCCCCAAAGUUGAUGCGGAAGACGUAGCGCACAAUGAUAUUAAAGAAACUUUUAGUAAAUCGGAGACAGAUACAGCUUUAAAAAUGGCGACGUCCCAAGAAAGUUUAAAUGAUAUUGUAAAUAAACUACCAAAUACAACCAUUAAAGAAUCUGGAUCAUCUAAAAACCUUCAAAUUGUUAAUCCCAUAGCCGAAAACAAGAAGAGGCAUAAAUCAAAAUCGCCAGCUCGAGUUCCAAAAGGCAACAGUUCAGGAUUAGGAAAACUAUUACAGUUGCCAGGCAAGUUUGCUUUUUGGCAUAAGACUGAAGAGAAACCAAAAGUAGAUGAAACAUCAACCUCAUCGGAUGAUCACAGUCGAAGGUCAUCAACUAUUGAAAGGGGUGUUGAUGACUUUCAGGAUUGUACGGAAUUGAACACUGAUGUAGGCACUGAUGAAGUAAAACCUAACGAUGUACCGCAGAUAAAAAAAUCAGAUGAUCAAAUUAGUUUCAAAGAUGCAUCUGGUUUAGAUGAGGAAGUCUUAUCCCAAAAUAUUAUAGAUAAGAGUGAUGCUCUGCAGAAACUCAUUGAAGCUAAGAUAGCUGGUCAUCCAGAAUAUAAAUUUAUAUCAUUACACGAAGAAACGCCCACUUCGUCGAAAAGUACAGACGUGUAGGGCUAUCCUAAACUCCUAAGCCCGCUUUUAUUUGCAGCUGAAGUUAGACAAAACAGCAAUGCUGACGGCCUCUGCUACCAUUCCUCGCGCAAAAAAAUCUAAUAAAAGGAAAACACAGUAGAUUGUAUCCAAAUAAAUAUUACGUUAUCCUUCUAGCCGAGCUUCGUGCAAGAACGAUUUAUGCUCUCUAUAUUCUGGAAACUGAAUUUUAUUUCAAUAGCAUAAUAUUUGAAGUAAACAUAAAAUGUGCAGCUAUUAGGGAGCAUAAUGUUUUUCCAAUCUUCCGCGCUUUUAGAAGCAGUGACAUUGUUAAAUGUAUACUAUUUACCUACACCACAUUGGCCAAAGGUAGACCUGCAUGCGAAUCUCACUUAGAUGUUAAUUUCAUGAUCGGUAUUUAGUGAUUGCUAAUAUAUGAAAGAUAUGGUUUAACUCAACUGAUUGAAUGGUCCUUCUUACAAGUAUAUACCUAAUACGUAUUGUUUGACAUAAGUAAUUUCGUAAAAAACUAUUUCCUGGCUAUGGUUUCUUAGCCAACGGUUAGUCAAAUAACUUGUAUUUUCGCGACUGCCAUUAGCAUUAUUAUUAUUAUUCCUCCAAGAAAAUAAAAUCGAAUCAAUUUUUUUAGUACAUAAGAUGGCUUCCAGAUACGGUUUUUUCAAUUGAUGCAAAUUGAUUUCGAUUGAAUUUAUGCUGAUCUCAACCAAGUCGCGAUGAUUUGAAUAAUAAGUAAAACUCAACGAUGACUAACCGUCUUAUUUAAUAUAUUAGGCAUUAAAUGCGUGAUUGUUUUUAUUGAUAUUAUUUAUGAGAUACAAAUUCUCAAUAAUUCUCCUUCUACUCUUUGCCAGUAUUUACAUUAGUUUUGAUGGCUAUGUCAUUGAGAAUCUUUUAAAGAAAUUGUGUAAAAGUGAAGUUAGUCAAUCCUUACUAUAGAGUCAUAGUGACCAAGAGGCCGUAACAAUAGGACAUAUCAGUCCUACAUAUAUACUAUAAUAGUAUUACUAAGCAAUGUUACCCAAAUAUUACUGUAAUACCAAGUUCGUUAUCGGUAAUUUAUAAUUUUAGCCAAAAAUUGCCAAAUUGACACUAAACGACUCGACAAUUAGCAGAAGUUAUUUUGUAUUAGUCAUAUUUAUUAUAGAAUUAGUUUAUAGAAAAAUAAAACUAGUCGUUAAUAAUGAAUUUAAUUGAUAAACAGCUUCAAUGAGGCUUCAUAUCGGAAUUGUAUGAGAUUGUCAAGCGAAAUGCAGUAAGGCAAAAAUUAUAAAAUCACUAAAUGGAGUUUGCUUUGAAUAAUAAAGCAUUUGCUUAAUCUAAUGAAGUUUUACAGAUAUUCUAUUAUGAAACCCUGGUUUUGUGAUACCGAAUUUGAGCUCAUUUACACCAGGAUUAUAGAUAAGAGAAAAGUACAGCACAAAUUGCAAAUAAUGUGGAAUAUUUAAUAAAGAUUUAUUUUUACAAAUCACUACAAAAGGUAUGUCCCUUGUUCUCAGAAUAUUGUAAAAGUUCCUCGUAUAAUUAUUUACUGAUAACUUGUAAUUCAAUAAUUAUUAUGAAGGUAAUAAGUUGAUUGAAGUUUUAGUAACACAAUAUGUCAAUACUUCCAAAUUAGUUGGUUGUGCAGCUAGCAUUUUGUAUCCUUUUCAAUGGAAUGUUACUGCAUUUUUAUUAACUUGAUGUUACCCUAUAAUUUUGUUACCUCGUCGUUAUAUAAAAGUGUAUAUUUAUUUACUAGUUGACUGUCACAUUUUUGCGUAAUAAUUUGUGUUUGAGUUUAUUGAAAUAAAUGACUAUCAUAAUUAUA